UCUCUCCAAAUCCUCACACUACUCCUGUGUCCCUGUUAGGUGGUAAGAGUACUGUACUCCAUCCCACAGUUGUGCCACCAACAGGCAGUUUCCAAGGACGUGGAUUUUUCUUGUAGCUCCAAGGUUCAGAACAAUACCUCGCUUUGAGAAAAAGACUACAUCCCCUUUACAGGGCCAAGACAUCCAGCUGAGGGGAAAGUGUACAAGGAGAGCAAAGCAAUCGCUGAAGUGCACCUUCUCCAUGCCCUUGGAAAAGAUGAAAGAACUGAAGCUGGACUGGGAUGUGAAACGAUUUGAAGUUGGUGAGGUGGAUGGGAUUCCUAUGACAAAGGAGAUCUGUGACACGUGGCAUAAAAUCUGGGCUUUCCAAGCCAAGCCUGAUGACCUCCUCAUAGCAACCUAUGCAAAGGCAGGUACAACAUGGACACAGGAGAUUGUAGACAUGAUCCAAUGUGAUGGCGACAUUGAGAAAUGCAAGCGUGCUUCCACUUACGAUCGGCAACCUUUUAUUGAAUGGGUGCUGCACAAGACUUUGCCCACUGGCUUGGAUAAAGCUGAAGCCAUGCCCUCACCAAGAACACUGAAAACUCAUCUUCCUGUACAACUGGUGCCUCCGUCAUUUUGGGAACAAAACUGUAAGGUCAUCUACGUGGCAAGAAAUGCCAAAGACAAUCUAGUUUCUUAUUAUCACUUCCACAGAAUGAAUCAAAUGAUGCCUGAGCCAGGAACAUGGGAGGAAUUUUUUCAGAAAUACAUAGAUGGAAAAGUGCUCUGGGGUUCCUGGUAUGAUCAUGUAAAAGGCUGGUGGGAGGCGAAAAAUAAGAACCGGAUUCUUUACCUCUUCUAUGAAGAUAUAAAAGAAAAUCCAAGGUGUGAAAUUCAGAAGAUCCUGCACUUCCUGGAGAAGGACUUGGAAAAGGAGGUUCUAGAUAAGAUAAUCCAUUAUACACAAUUUGAAGUCAUGAAAGAUAAUCCCAUGGCAAACUACACCUUUUUGCCUCAAGAGAUACUGGACCAUUCAAUCUCCCCAUUCAUGAGAAAAGGAACUGUUGGGGACUGGAAGAACCAUUUUACUGUGGCACAAAAUGAGAAAUUUGAUGCAGAGUAUAAGAAGAACAUGGCAGGAACUUCUCUGACUUUCCGCAUGGAACUUUAAGCAGGAACAGUGUAAACUCUAUUAUCCUAUUAGUAUGUUACAUUAUUUAAAAGCACAACCUUAUAGAAUACACAUUUGCCUGAGAGCAAGCCCGAUUAAACUCAGUAUGGCUUAGUUCUGAGAAGACAUGCAUAGGAUUGCACUGCAAAAGUCUUAACCCAUCACACUUUCUUGUACAAAUCCUUUUAUACUUGCUGGUCUUCAUUAUCUUCUUCAGUAUAAAGUAUACUGUAGCAAUCAUUUCAACCUAAAAUGUGAAUUGAAGAUGGAGCUAUGUUGAUUGACAAAAGGGGCUUCUGCUUGCCUAGUGGCAGUUUCCCCACCCCCCACUCUCUGUCUCUAACACUGAAUUUGGGAAGUAAAUUUUGUGUGUGUGUGUGUGUGUGUGUGUGUGUGUGUGUGUGUGAAGCAGAAGUUUGGAAAGGUUUGUCCUUGGAGUGAAAAGAGGAUCCUUUCAUCCCUUCAUUCUUUUUCAUAUUCAAAGUGAUUUCUUGUGCCAAUUCCUAGGCUUCCCAACUGGGUUAUUUUAGGAGAGAGCAGGUGGGGGACUGUCCUGGAAGCAGAAUGAAAAAGAAUGCUGGAAUGGGAUCGAGAGUUUCCCAAUCCAGCAUCUUCUUCUCUUCUGCCUCUGAGGCAGCCCCACCUCUCCCAUUUCUCCUUGAAAUGAUCCAUCCAUCCAUUCUCCACUCCACUCCACUUCAAAUGAAAUAAAUAUAUCCUCAUGUCCAGUACAGUAUUCACUCCUGUCUCCCUUGGUCAGUUUUUGUCCUCUCCUCCUCAGACUUGCUCAGGAAGAACAAAAGGCCAUACAGGAGUUGCUCUUUGUGGCAGAGGUGGCAGAACAUGCUCUGUCUGCUCAUCUCGUGCCACAUGCACAUGCACACUCAACCCACUCUCCUCUUGAGCCCAAUCCAGUUGUUUCCCUUUCUCUGCACUCCCAACACUGAACCUUGGAGGUGGAGGUUAAAUAGAAGAGGUGGGGAGGUAGGGGAAAACACCUACCACGUCCACCAGUGUCUACACAAACAGUUGCCAAGACAGGUGUGGGAGAGGGGAGCUUGACAGGCACAUUUGCAGGACAUUGUGGGAACCAGGACCUUUGCAGGCACCAUGUCGGCAAAGCUCGGGUAGGCAGUGCUGAGCUAGAGUAGCCUACCCCAAAGGUGUGAUGAGGUGUGAGGCAGCAUCCUGCAUUCCUGCCACAAGGCACCAGGUUCUAUCAUCUUCAAAAAUCAAUACAUGGAAGAGAAAAUAUGCUUAGGAUGUGAGCAAGCAUUAAUAUUAUACUGUGGGACAAAGCUCCUUGUGACACUUAGAGAUGCGCUUUGACCCUUCUGUGGUCCCAUUAUAAGCUUUUGAAUCUACUGUGCUAUUCACUUUACGUGGGCUCUAUUUUUGUUGUUAAGGCGAUCAUUGUUCCACCUUGUAAUCCACUGUGUGAUGCAACAGCUCAUUGUUUUAUUUUUCACCCGCUUUUACCCAAAGAGCAAGCACGGCCACUGCAAAAGUCUCUCUAACUACAUGUGAACGAACUGCGGGAAAGGCUCCAGGAGGCGAAAUAUGCAUUUCCCCCCCCAUUUAUUUAUUUGUUUUGUUUUGCAGCACAGGAAAAUCUUUAU